UGCUGCUGCCCCGCAUCCUGGCCAGGGAGCUCAUUCGCAAACCAACAGGAGAGAAAAGACCGGUAGCCCAACGCUUCUGUCCGCCACGUCCAUGAAUCCGUCAACCAACUGAGGAGACUAGACGUCUAGACCUCAUCCAGUCCCGUCACCAUGGCCCACCUUGUUCCAUUCCACCUCAAGAACCUCCACGCCGCCAGCAAAGCCGAAGUGAACUCGUUGGUGCCUGGGAAGUACAGCUAUCACAACGCAAAAACUGCGUUCAACCGGUAUGAACGAACCGCUAAGACGGUCGAAGAAGAGCCAAAGAUCCCGGACCCCAAGCUCUUCGCAUCCUUCCACGUCCCGCCCACUCAUUCAACCGCGCCAGAUGAGUCGGGCCUCCCGACCGAGAGCGAAUGCGCUGUCCACCUCGAGCUGCUCGAGGUCUUUUUCAGGUUACGCCAAGACGUCAUUGACUCCAAGGCGCUCGACAAGACAUUCGGCGUCGUGGAAGAGAAAAAGACCGUCUUCCGCAAGACGUACAGCCACCAGAAGCGGAAGUAUUAUCACAAGCCAGUGCAGCUCAGGGAUGAGACACUGCCGUCCAAGAGGCGGAACAAGUGGUUGUAUUUUCUCGGCAUUGCCGUGGGCCGGUUCAAGGUCUGGGCGAGAAAGCUAGACGCCUUCUUGGAAGAGGCGCCCCGUGGCGAUGGGCCCGACAAAUGGGCAACGUUUAAGGCCGGAACAACAUGGUCGAAGCUGCCCUUCCUGCCUCCUAUUGAUGUGCUCAUGGUUUGGCACGCUUUCCUGCUAAAUCCCCACGACUAUGACAGAACCCAGAGCCGCUACCGCCUAACCCAGCUCCGUCGACUCCCCUUCCCGUGGAAAGCUGUGCACGACGCGAUACACUCCCGAAACUGGACAUACACCUUGCCCGCAGUCUCGGAGGAAUGGACACGAACGCACGCCGGCCUGGAGCCCAACCUCUUUCGCUACCUCGAGUCCGUCGGCAGAGGCGGAGGAAGGCAAAGCUCCGUCGCCAGCAACAAUCGUGUCUUGACCACCCUCGCCCGCUACGGCCAGCGCCGCGUCCACAUCAUCCUACUGGGCGACCUGCUCGAUAUGCAAGGCCAGCUCUCACCCCGCGACGCCGCCUUCCUCGCCGUCCUCCAGCAGACUGACGCGGAUAAGCACGCCGACCAGCCGCUUGCCGACAACGUGCAGCGGCAGGCGGCAUUCGUCGACAAGAUGCACCUGCAGCUGUGGAUCCGGAGCCCCGCCGCGGGCGGCACGCUGCGCCGCGCCGUCGACCGCUACGAUAAGUUCCUGCGCCUGUUCGCCCUGUACCCGGGCAAAAUGCUCGUGCCGACGCUUGACAUCGACCUCGCUUGGCACACGCAUCAGUGUUCUGCGCAGGCCUACGCCGAGUUGGUCAAGCGGCGGACCGGCGUCUUCGUCAACCACGAUGACAAGCUGGGGUCCAAGGUGCUGCAAGGCGGGAUGGAGGAGACCAGGGAACUGUUCUUUGUGCGCUUCGGCGAAGAGUACGAGCGGUGUCUGUGUUGGGACUGCGAGGCGACCUUGUCCGCUAUCGAGGAGGCGGACGAUGACGAGGGUGGGACCACCGAGGGGGUGGAAGACGGCCGUCUGGUCGAGAAGGUGAGGAGCGAGGUGGAGUAUCACCGUUGUGUGGAGAUUUGCAGGCGGAACGGCAAACCUCUGCCCCUGCUGCCAGCAUCGUCCGCCUAACGCCCUCGGGACGGCCACGCUUGCGGAGGGCGAAGGUCGAGGUGUCCUGAGUGGUAAGACCUCGGGCCCUAGCUUACCAAUGGUACCAAUGAUAGGAAAAAGGGCACCUUCACAGGAGGCAAGGACAAAAACAAGCGUCAAAAAAACAUAAUUACAACACCGGGGAUUCGCUGGUCGUCAUCGACCCAGCUACUCGUCCGGUACCUUACAAGCUUGACUCAGGGGAGCGGACUGAAUCCCGAGUUUUCACCGGCUAUAAUCAUAUAUACCUAGGUAUGUUUAGGUAAUGAGUCCGUGUUAGAAUUUGAUAGUGGUAACCCUAUAAGGAUUCACGGGUCGCUGCCGGCGCUCUCGUCUCAGCCACCCAUCCAGAGAGCUGGUAUGAAACCGCUGUAACGGUAUACAUUCCUGCUAUGUUCGUAGUGUCGUUCAUGAGUAUGUCGAUAAAGUCGCUGCCACAACAUUCACGCG